CACAUCUCUUGAAGAAAACUAUUCACCACCUCAGUCAAUUGACAUACUCGUACUAGUACUUAUCAGUAUUAAGAGUAUUUAUUUAUUUUAAAAGUUUUCAUUUAUUUGUUUCUUUGGGUUGAGUGAGUGUGACUAUUCCCCACUCAUAUUUAAACCCUUGAAAAACUAAGCACACACUAAUAUUCUAUAUAAUCUUCUCUCUCUGUCCCUACUCGCCUCUGAGAUAAGAGAAAACCCACCACCACACACACAAACCCUCACACAUAAGAGAUUAGAGAGAGAAAUCCAAAAAAUCAAAAACCCAAAGAGUGUGUAUCUAUAGUGUGAUGGAUAAAGGCUCUGCAGACUCUUCAUCUUCCGAUAGAGAUAACUAUCUCAGACACCUCAACAAGCUUUCUCAUAAGAUCUCAAAACCCAUUCUCAACAACAACACCAACAACAAAAAACCCUCUUCUUUCGAACAACAACCUCAAAUUAAUAAUAAUCCUCUACAGCAUCAACCACCUGUUUACAACAUCAACAAAAACGAUUUCAGAGACGUUGUUCAAAAACUAACGGGCUCACCUGCGCACGACCGUAUCUCAACACCGCCGCCCAUUCAACAACCCAAACAACAAAGCUCCCGUCUUCAACGUAUUCGUCCUCCGCCGUUACCUCACAUCACUAACCGUCCUCCGCCGUUACUUAACGCGCGUCCGCAACUUCCUCUGCCGCAGAACUUUAACUUUAACGCUGUUCACUUUAAUCAGAGCUUUCCCGGGUUUGGUAGACCUCAAGCGCCGUUAUCUCCGUUGCCGCCGUUCCCCACCGUUCACGCUGCCGCUGAAUCGCCUAUCUCCGCUUACAUGCGCGAUCUGCAGAAUUUCGUCUCCACCAUGGAUUCCAAAAGCUUCUCCGGGUUUUCCCCUUUGCCUCCUCCUCCUCCUGUUUCAUCACAUCAACCUCAACCAGACCAACAACAACAGCAACAACAUCAGCAGCAGCAGCAGCAGGAAGAGCAAGAGCAACAGCAAGAGAAUCAACCUCCACCGCAGCAGGUGGCUGCUCCGCCUCUAGUGGCUCAAUCCCCAUUGCAGUUUCAGAUGCCGUCUUCUCCAGUUCCUUUCGGGUGUUUGAAUUCACAGCUUGCAUCUUACCCUUUGUUGUCACCUGGAUUAAUGUUUUCCCCCAAUUCUGCUAAUUUAGGGUUUCCCCAGCUUCCUCUUUCUCCCACCGUGCCGGCUCCGAGUCCGCGGUGGAGAGAAAUUUGACUUCAAUUGGGGUAAGAAUGGUCUGAAUCGUCGGUUUUCGCCUCUGAUUUCGGGAUGUACAUGGUGGUGGUGGAUUGGGAAUUUAUUCAAUUUGUGGUGGUUGGACUCAAACCUAGCUAGUCCAUUCUACUGCUUAGUGCUAGUUUAUUUUAUUUAUUCUGUAAAAAUGGGGUAUCAAAAACAGAUGAAAGGAACAAUUUUGCUAUUGUUUUGUUUACUCUUUUUGAAUAUUUUGGGAUCAGGAAAAACAGAAAUUAGAACCUGUUAUACAAAUAUUAUAGAUCAUCAUGCUGUUUUUAGGUUACAAAAACUAUAUUGUUAUUGACAUCAAGCUGUUUUUUCUUCAAAUAUAUCUUAUUGUCCUAGUCAAGCUGUUA